GGCGGGAAUCACUUUUCUGUUUCAGUGCGCUUAUUUUACGGAUCUAAUUACCGUACUGCCAAUAUGCUAUUUCAUAUAAUUUUGCGUUGGUAUCGUUUUUGAAGUUUCCAUUGUUUUGCGAGCCUUAAAAUGGAUAAAAAAAGAACAAGGUUUUCUCUUUCUCGUAAGCGCAAGAAAAGCAACACAGAUGUAGAAGACGCGAACAGAGACGUUUGCCUUUUAGAUGAAAGCUCAGAAAAAAUAGUUCUUUCCUUGGAUGAAAUUUCCAUUGAAUCGAAAGAGAACCGUACGAAGAUUCCAUUUACAGAUAGAAACGUCGAGUCCUCUACGCAACAUAACAAUGCAAAGAAGAGUAUAGCAACAUGGUUCAAGAAACCGUACAGCCCAAAGACUGUUUCCUGUCCAAUGUGUGGAAAAGUUGUUAUACUUUCCAAGAUAAACCAACAUUUGGAUAACAAUUGUAAAAGCUAUUUUGGACAGCAUAGCCAUAGUUCAAGUAAAGCAACAUCUACAUGUAAAGCAAACAAACUGCCUGGCUCUAAUAGUCAUAGAGAGUCAGAGGAGAAAGGAACAGUUUCAGUAACUUCUCAAGAUAAAACUGCCUCAGCUAAAGGCUUUAAAGUUGAUGCCAAACGUCCACAAUCAAGGGAUGAAAAGUCUACUCUAUGGGAAGUUUCUUCUGCAUCAGAAACUGCAAUAAUCCAUGACUCUGAUAUUGCCACUCUGGAGAAAAAGGCAGAUAAGAUAGUCAGAAAGAAAGACAAUUGUGACACUUUAAAUAAUGGUUGUGAUGUUGCAUGUGGUGGCAUUGCUGAGCAAGAGUCUUCAAGUCAAUGCUCCUUUGCUAAAUGUGUGGCUGAAGCAGAGGAAACAUUGACUCAAAACAGUGGCAAUUUACAAACAAAACAAAUGGAUUUACUAUCAGAUCAGUCAAAUUGUCCCACAACAGAAGGACAUAACAAAAGCCUGUCUGAAGAAAAUUCAGAAGAUGUUAAUAACCAUGAAAACAAAGAUUAUGAGCCAUAUUACCUAGCUAAUUUCAAGUUAGUUUUAAACAAUGUGUUGUCAAAUGAGGACGACAGGAAGUUGUUUGAUGAGUCAGACAAUCAUAUUAUUGAUACAUUUAAUGGAAUGUCUCCAGAGGAACAGAAGUUGUAUAUACGUCUUUUCCAACGUAAACGUGGCUGGUUUAGGUGCAGCAAGUUGGAAUACCCAAAAAUUAGCAGCAAUUUAACACCGAUUUUAAACUCUCUUGUGGAAAAAGGUUUUUUAGAAGACCAAGGUCAACUCACAGAACUCAGAGAGACGUUAAACCUUAUAGCAUCUCCAGAGUUGAAACAUUUGGGCAAAUCUCUUAACAUUUCCUCAAAAUCUGCUGGACAGAAAGGAGUGACCAAGGAGGACACAAUAGAAAUGAUAGUAAACCAUGCUGAAAACCAGAAGACACUCUUUGGAAGCCUUAAAGGUGUUGUUUUGAAAAAAGCUAAGCACACCCUUGGAUGUUGUGUCAGACUGGCUGCUGAUCCCAGGGAAGUGUUUUGCCGACUGCUGUUGUUGUUUACCAUGAAUGUCAUUCCAGAUGAUGAGGAUACCACAAACAAUGGACAAGCUCAGCAACUGUCAACACUCUACCUUGCUAACAUCGGCAAAGUUGUCUACCCAGCGUACGUGAUUGACAGACCCACACCUGUGUUCCAUUCUCGUGACAGUCUCAUUACAUUUGCAGAAGCAUACCAGCAAAAGCAUGAAAUGCUUGUAGCACUAGAAAAUAAUGAUUUUGAGCAAGCAUACAGCUAUUAUCCUGAAGCAUCAAAGAAAUUCAGUGAUAUUCUUGCAAAACUGAAAGACAAUUCAGAAAUUUCAGCUGUGCUCCUCUCAGAACACUUGCGAUGCUUCAGUGCGGAGUGGGCCAUCACUAAGAUGUGUUAUUAUGGAGUUGAAGUCUUACAGAAGUGGCGGCGAUAUGAUGAAGCUGUCAAUCAACUGCAAACUUUGCUUCAGCAAGAUGUGUUUUGUUUUGAUUCUCGUGGACGCUGGUAUGACAGACUUGCGCUGAAUUUGCAUCAGCAUUUAAAACAACCUGAAAAGGCUAUGGUGGUUAUCAGACAGGGUUUAUCAGAUCCACAUGUUCGAUUUGGGCGUCGGCUUGCACUGAUACAGAGAGCUAGGCGUAUCCUCUCUUCACCUGCGUUUCAAAAAGGAAAGAAGAAAAAGUGCGAAGAGUUUGCAGACCUUGAUUUAGAGGAACCAAACCCGUCCAAAAGUAUCACCAUCUCUGGGACAAGAUGUGCUGAGCUUGGUGUCUUCAUUUCUCCUGAGAUUGACCAAAGUGGCCAAGUUAUUGAUGGUACAAAAACAUUCUGUGCAGUGGAGGAAUAUGCCUUGUCAUAUUACCGGCAGCAGGGAUUUGAUCAGGGAAUCCAUGGUGAAGGAUCAACCUACUCCUCACUCUACUGCUUGUUCAUGUGGGAUAUUAUUUUUGCAGGUGUCAUUCCUGAUGUUUUUAGAAGUCCUUUCCAGGUAUUUGAUAAUAGUUCAACUGUAACUGUAAUCUGUUCAGAAAGAAUUUACCAGUGUAAACCUGUUUANCCGAUUUUAAACUCUCUUGUGGAAAAAGGUUUUUUAGAAGACCAAGGUCAACUCACAGAACUCAGAGAGACGUUAAACCUUAUAGCAUCUCCAGAGUUGAAACAUUUGGGCAAAUCUCUUAACAUUUCCUCAAAAUCUGCUGGACAGAAAGGAGUGACCAAGGAGGACACAAUAGAAAUGAUAGUAAACCAUGCUGAAAACCAGAAGACACUCUUUGGAAGCCUUAAAGGUGUUGUUUUGAAAAAAGCUAAGCACACCCUUGGAUGUUGUGUCAGACUGGCUGCUGAUCCCAGGGAAGUGUUUUGCCGACUGCUGUUGUUGUUUACCAUGAAUGUCAUUCCAGAUGAUGAGGAUACCACAAACAAUGGACAAGCUCAGCAACUGUCAACACUCUACCUUGCUAACAUCGGCAAAGUUGUCUACCCAGCGUACGUGAUUGACAGACCCACACCUGUGUUCCAUUCUCGUGACAGUCUCAUUACAUUUGCAGAAGCAUACCAGCAAAAGCAUGAAAUGCUUGUAGCACUAGAAAAUAAUGAUUUUGAGCAAGCAUACAGCUAUUAUCCUGAAGCAUCAAAGAAAUUCAGUGAUAUUCUUGCAAAACUGAAAGACAAUUCAGAAAUUUCAGCUGUGCUCCUCUCAGAACACUUGCGAUGCUUCAGUGCGGAGUGGGCCAUCACUAAGAUGUGUUAUUAUGGAGUUGAAGUCUUACAGAAGUGGCGGCGAUAUGAUGAAGCUGUCAAUCAACUGCAAACUUUGCUUCAGCAAGAUGUGUUUUGUUUUGAUUCUCGUGGACGCUGGUAUGACAGACUUGCGCUGAAUUUGCAUCAGCAUUUAAAACAACCUGAAAAGGCUAUGGUGGUUAUCAGACAGGGUUUAUCAGAUCCACAUGUUCGAUUUGGGCGUCGGCUUGCACUGAUACAGAGAGCUAGGCGUAUCCUCUCUUCACCUGCGUUUCAAAAAGGAAAGAAGAAAAAGUGCGAAGAGUUUGCAGACCUUGAUUUAGAGGAACCAAACCCGUCCAAAAGUAUCACCAUCUCUGGGACAAGAUGUGCUGAGCUUGGUGUCUUCAUUUCUCCUGAGAUUGACCAAAGUGGCCAAGUUAUUGAUGGUACAAAAACAUUCUGUGCAGUGGAGGAAUAUGCCUUGUCAUAUUACCGGCAGCAGGGAUUUGAUCAGGGAAUCCAUGGUGAAGGAUCAACCUACUCCUCACUCUACUGCUUGUUCAUGUGGGAUAUUAUUUUUGCAGGUGUCAUUCCUGAUGUUUUUAGAAGUCCUUUCCAGGCUGCACCUUUAGACAUAUGUUUUGACUCAUUUUACACCAGCCGCAAGGAAAUGAUUGUCAAGAGGUUGGAAGAGAUAACAGCAGCACCAGUCAAGAAACUUCAGGAAAUACUUGUCAAGACAUGGAAUAAUCAUGAAAGCGAGCUUUGUGCAGGCCUCAACUGGGAUCGGUUCACAAAUGUAGAACAAGCGAAGCAACUGGUGGCUUGUCUGGGUGGCCAGGUGUUAUCAGGCAUAUUUACUCGGUUCGCUCAAGGUUAUCGCUAUCAUCGAUCUGGUUUGCCUGACCUAGUGGUGUGGAAUUCGUCUACUUUGGAUUACAUGAUUGCUGAGGUCAAGGGACCUGGAGACAAGCUCUCUACUAAGCAACAAAUCUGGCUUGAUGUGUUGGCAUCACUUGGAGCGAAUGUUGAAGUCUGUUAUGUCACUGCUGUAGGUGCCAAGCGCCUUAAAGUUUCAAAGUAAAAUACAGUCGACGAGGAAACUAUUACCCAGUCUGCAAUGGUAAUAAAGGAGUUACUUAAACAUUCCUACCAUUAUUGUCAAGUGGUGUUAUGAAAUUUCCAUUCUCAGCGCUAAAUGUUAUAGCGAUUUCUUGCAUCUCCUCGUUGUUUUAUGUUUGUCUGUUUGUCUGUUUGUUUGUUUGUUUGUUUGUUUCCUUCUUGUAAGACUUGAUAUUUUCAUCGGUGUACAUAGACAAUUUAAUUUGUAUUUUGAGAAUACUGCAUAUAAUUUACAUAUUUAAAUACUUCAUUUUUAUAUCAUUUUCAAUAGUGAGCCUGAGAUUUCUUUGAAGUGAUAAAUAUGAGGUUAUCCUCGAAAAGCCGUAACGAGUUUGUGAAGCUUUACAAACUCUUUGUAGUGACUG